CUUUAUCUGACUUCCGUGUGUGUGCUCUUGUCCUGAGUGAGAAGCCGCUGCAGCUGCUGUGAACGAGGAUCUGUUAAAAAGAAGAAAGAAGAAUUAAAAACCAUGGCUGUGAAUAAAUGCGUCAAAUAUCUGCUCUUCUUCUUCAACCUUCUUUUCUGGCUGAGUGGCUGCAUCAUCCUCGGCGUCUCCAUCUACUUGAAAGUCCACAAGGACAGUAACGGGCUCUUAAAUGAAUCACUUCCUGGCAUCGACCUGUUGAUCGCCAUCGGUGUCAUCAUCAUGGUGCUCGGGUUCCUCGGCUGCUGCGGUGCCAUCAAAGAGAACCGCUGCAUGCUGCUUCUGUUCUUCAUUUUCCUGCUCCUCAUCUUCAUCCUCCUGCUCGCCGCAGGAAUCCUGGGAGCUGUGGGCGAAGGCAAGGUGAAGGACUGGGUGAAGGAGCGUCUGGAGAAACUCACUCCGCUCUCUAAACAACCAGCUGACGUCAAGGAAGAUCUGGAGAAGAUUCAGCGCGAGCUGAAAUGUUGCGGCCUCGUGAAAGGACCUUCCGACUGGGACAGAGUUCCCGACUCGUGUCGCUGCAACGGCACCGACUGCACGGGGCCAUACAACACUGAGCCCUGCACCAACAAAAUCGUGAGUCUAAUGGAGAAGCACAUGGAGGUGGUGAUCGGGAUCGCCUUCGCCAUCGCCAUUCUGCUGAUCUUCGGCAUGGUCUUCUCCAUGAUCCUCUACUGUCAGAUUGGCAAGAAGGAGGGCGGAGCCACAUCCACUACUGCCUGAGGCCCCGUCGCCUCUCAGCGACCAAACAACCAAUGCUCCGCCUCCGUAACGUUUUAUUGUGAAGGAACACAUCAAUUGCUUAAAGUUCAUGUAAAUUAAAAAUAACAACAAUAAUAAUAAUAAUAAUGAUAAACAUUGACGUAAAAAUAAUUUAUGUGAAAUAUAUUCAUUGUAAACUUAUUUUAACGUAAAAAUUGGAAAAUGUAUUAUAAGGCUUUUUUUUUUUUAAAAGAGAAAAUUCAAUAAAUUGUUGAUUUUUCAAGCAAUGUUAAAAAAUUGAUAACGUGACCAAAAGUAGUAAAAGUUGCUCUACAGUAAAAGUCAGUGUUUCGAUUCACGUUCAGCCUCAAAGAACAAAAAUCUGCGACGCAUAAAUAAAAUUUCUGUACGGGAGCUCAUCACUACCAAAAAACACAAAUGAUCGCAUUUUUAUGCAAGUAAAAUCACAAAUGUUGUCGUUAUUGUCAUUACUUUAUGAAACGUGUCCACUGGUGUAUGAAAAAUGUUUUGGUAAAAAAAGUUGUACUUUUAUUUUCAAAAAUAGUUUUUUGUGGAGUUAAAAGUUUCUCGUUGUUACUCACGAUUUUCUCAGGAAGUUGAAGUUUGUGCUCGUGUGAAAAUAAUUCCUUAAAAAAAAAAAAACAAGCUAUAACGAUAUUUAUGUUAAAAUAUAAAACAUUUUAACAAAUUUAUCAAGAAUAUUAUUAACUUUGGUGAUUUAAUCUUGUGGAGAAAAAAAAUCUUGGUUUGUUUCUUUUGGCAAGCUAUUUUUUCUUUUUUUGUCUCUUUUAGUUAAAAUUGUGAAACAUGGUCAAUUUUUAUCGUCACCUACUUGAAAUAAAAUGUGUUCCAGUUGUAAUCUGGGGUUGUCAAUUUCCCAGUUUACAUCCAGGAAAUUUGAACUGGA